AUGUUAAACCUCUCCCCUAGUGACACUGCUUUCCCCGCUGGCUCGCUUGUCCUUGUGACCGGCGCUAGUGGCUACAUGGCAACCCACAUUGUUGACCAACUGCUCCUUGCUGGUUACCACGUCAGGGGUACAGUUCGCGACGAGAAAAAAGCAGCAUGGACUACAGAAUUCUUUUCAGCCCGAUAUGGCGCUGGCAAAUUCUCCGCUAUUAUUGUACCAGAGAUGUCGGCCAUCGGGGCGUUUGACGAGGCGGUAAAGGGCGUCCAAGGAGUCAUCCAUAACGCUUCAAACGUGUCCUUCAGCCCGGACCCCAAUGAAGUAAUUUUACCGACUGUAGCCGGUGUGACGACUCUACUCCAGUCAGCAGCCGAAGAGCCAUCAGUCAAGAGCUUCGUGUACACGUCUAGCAGCGUGGCCGCCUCUGGUUCCAAUCUGCCUGUGAUCAUCGACACGUCAACCUGGAACGAUGCCCAAAUCAAGGAGGCAUGGAGUGUCACAUCGGCGCCGUUCCCUGCUGCGCACGCGAAUGCCGUAUACGGCGCCAGCAAAGCAGAGGGUGAGAAGGCCUUUUGGAAGUACGUGAAGGAAGAGAAGCCUCACUUCCGAGCCAACGCCAUCCUGCCUGACGCGACCAUUGGCGAGGUGUUAAGUACGCAGGGGAGUUUGAGCACGGGCGGUUGGAUCACGAUGGUUUAUAAGAACGGGGUUGAUUUUGUCAAGCAGUUACCUCCGCAGUGGUACGUGAACGUCAAAGACGUCGGGCGUCUCCACGUGGCUGCGCUGCUCUCCGAGUCGGUGAAAAACGAGCGGGUCUUUGCGUCUGCCGGCCCUUAUACAUGGAAUCAAAUCCUAGCUGCCCUGCGGAUGCUAUAUCCAUCCAAGAAGUUCGCCGAUGAUAUCGAGGGUGCGAAACUCAGUAUUUUAACAUUCCCGACUAAACGAGGAGAGCAACUGCUACAGGAAACUUUUGGACGUGAAGGUUGGACCAGCCUUGAGGAAACAGUUGCUGAAAAUGUCAAGGAUUUGGCUUAACGUAAUCCACCCGCGAGUCGCCCAUACCACCGACUCGCUCAUCUCAUCCCCAUAACAGCGAUUAUCAUCGUUUUCUCGCAAUGUCUCAACAAUAGUACCCUCAAUCACCUUCAAAUGAAGCUAGAAUCAACUUAGCUAUCCUGGCUAUCGAACAAGACUAAAUUCAAACAAUUCGAGAAACCAUAAAGCCUACAAAGUCCCGUGGACUACCUUACAUGACCCCCAAAACGGAAUAUCUCCACGAAGCGAUUGCGUCCCGAAUUCAAAAAGGCUCUUAAAUAUACAACACUUGGAACGGCGACAAGGAGGUGUGGGGCUGCAGGGGAAUGCAGCGAAAGCAGAGAAACAGGGUGGAGCUAAGGUGAGCGAAGGAUGAUGAGUGGUCGUGAUCUCUCAGUCGCCGCAGUAGUUAAGGGGGUUCGUGAAGGAGAGGGGAAG